UUCAUUCCCAAUUUUUCAGCCGUCAUAAGCUCUCUCAUUUAGUCUGGCAAACAAGCCAUACCCUCACAUGGAAACACACACUAUCUACCCAAGUACUUCGCAAUUUAUUACCUCUACUACUCGAAUACAAGCUCAUCGUAUGCGAGAUGACCGCAAAUUUACGGGAUGAAAUAAUUUACUAUACAUCGUAUCGCAUGAAUUUCUGGAAUUGUAAUCGACCGUGUUUCGAUAAGAAUCUUUAUUUUCUCCUUCCUGCCCUCUUUAAACAUCCAUCCAUCCAUCCAUCGCAACCUCCUCGCAGAGCCAUGUCGUCUUCUUCCACCCAUAACUCAUCAUCGAGAGCCCUGAGAAUCGGAAUAAUCGGUUUCGGCCCGUUCGCCCAAUUCCUGUCGAAGACCAUAACCAAGCAACGCCACCAGCUGCAAGCUACCUCGAGGACCGACCACUCCCAGCUCUGUGCCCGUAUGGGCAUCACCUUCUUCAGUGAUGUGGGUGAGUUUCUGGAAUCCGGUAACGACGUGAUAAUGAUCUCCACAUCGAUUUUAUCCCUGUCGGAAGUUCUGAAAACGAUUCCGUUCCACCGCCUCAGAAGGCCAACUCUGUUUGUUGAUGUUCUUUCGGUGAAAGAGUACCCCAGAGCAUCUCUCCUGCAAGUCGUGCCCGAGGAUUCAGAUAUUCUUUGCACUCACCCGAUGUUCGGUCCUGAGAGCGGGAAAGACGGGUGGGAAGGUCUCAACUUCAUGUACGAAAGAGUCCGUGUAAGGGACCAUGAAACCUGCUCGAGCUUCCUGCAGAUUUUCGAGAAAGAGGGAUGCAGGAUGCUUGAAAUGUCCUGCGAGAAACACGAUAAGCUCGCAGCUCGGAGCCAAUUCAUCGCCCACACCAUCGGCAGAGUCUUGGCAGAAAUGGACGUCGACUCGACAGAUAUAGAUACCAAGGGCUUCGAAAGUCUCGUCCAGUUGAAAAGAGGCACAGAAAGAGACAGCUUCGAUCUGUUUUCCGGAUUGUUCAUCCAUAAUCGGUUUGCCAAGCAAGAGCUGGAGAAUCUCGGACUCACAUUUGGAAAGAUCAAAGAGAGGCUACUGCAGAGGAUGGAAGAGGUGGAGACCACAAAUCCGGCAGAGAAUUCGACAAGAGAUGAGAACUAAUAGACAAGAUACUCCAGAAAACAAUUCUUACAUGGCGGAUGAAUCGCGAUUUAGGGCCAUAAGAGUUUAUUAUUUGACUGAGUAGAGUGGAUGAGGUUCAUGGUAAGCUCUGUACACAUUGAAUACAUUCUAUUUCAUAAUCACUUCGGUUGAAUGCUGUAUGUAUUCAGUAUGCUGGCAUUUGGCAAAAUUUGGAAGAACGAUCUCUUCAUAGAUGUACAUCUGUGAGACCAAAAAGGACUCAAGAAAAAAUUAGUCUGAUGUUGUAAACUUGAGUCUUAUUAUGACACCUCACUUGUUCUUGA